AUGGAUCAGGGCGGACUAAAGUUUAAUGGUAAUCGAGACGACGGCGGCCUGACAUUUGGGGAGUUGGGACCUGAGGCGGGCGGGGAGACGGGAGACGCGCCUGCUUUGCUGUUCCCCCCGGCCAUGCACCUGCCGGGCCCCGGCUCUCUGCCUCACACCGCGGCGGCUCCAAAUGGACAGGGCAGGACCAAGGACCAGCGCGACAGAAGCCUCUUUGAGUCCAACCGAAACCAGGUCCCUCACGAAGGGUCCGAAACCGCCAAGGAUAAUACCGGUGGAAUGCAGAAACAAGACGAUCUUUUGAGCAUGGGGGACGGUUUCCCUUUGUUGAAUCAACGCGUCACGGAUCUUGACCGGACGUCCGCCUCCGCGAUGGGCGGCUCGGACAUGGGCGGCGUCCCCCUGCCCGACCUCUUCCCCCAUCACAUCAAGCAGGAGGUGAUCUUCUCCCUGGACAAGGACCUGGGAACGUACAGUGGGCAGAUGAGCGCCGGCCCGUGCGACCUGGACGGGGGCGGCGGUCACCUGAUCGACGACUCGGAGAUCUGGAGGGACCUGGUCCUGACCAGCUCCCUGCAGGAGAUCAACGCUUUCGAGCUGGAUUCGGAGGUGGCGCACUUGGAUAACAUCCUGCAAGACGGCAAUGGCGGCAACGGGGGUCCGGUCAGCGGCCUGCUGAAGGAAACGGCGAGCAACGGCGGCGUGAACGGCGCCGAUCAGCAGCAUCAGCAGCGUCCCCCCAUGCUCCAGCCCCCCCACCACAUGGUCCAGCAGCACCAUGUCCACCACCAGCCGGCAUCAGCCUCCAUCCUCUCCAGCGUGGUCAUCAAGGAGGAGAAGGACCCGGACUUCAUCCACAUCCGCACGCCCGGCGUGGUCAAGCAGGAGCGGCAGGACAGCCCCGGCUACUGCCCGGCCCAGUGCCUGCAGGGCGGCCCGAGCCCCAUGCCCUCCCCGAUGGCCGUCGGGGCCGGGGCGGGCUACCACUACAGACCCAGCCCCCCGUCCACAGCGACGGCGGCCAUGCAGGAGCAGAAGCCCUUCGGCCUGUACCCCGGCCUGCCCCAGAUGGGAGAGAGGUGGAUGGGGGAGAAACGAUACGGGGGGGAGACGUCCGGCCUGCAGGCCGGCGGCGAGGGGCUGGCCUCCGCCUCGGCCCUGACCAGCUUUCCCAUCGGAUUCUCCAGGUAG